AUGCAUCCAGAAUCAGAACGAGAGUUGGCGUAUGUUCUGCUCGUUGAGUUGUUAGCGCAUCAAUUCGCAUACCCGGUCCGAUGGAUUGAGACGCAAGAUGCCAUCCUCCGGGAUAUCAAAGCCGAAAGAAUUGUGGAGGUUGGGCCGACGAACAUCCUGACGAACAUGACGAAAAGGACUUGGGGUCAGAAAUAUGCGAUGUCAGACGACGCUCAAGGACUUCGCCGACGAAUACUUGGCCCAGAAGAGGAUUUUCCGGAAAUAUACUACCAGCGACAUUCGGACGAGGACAGGAACGACAACGAAGAGGCUAGCAUCGGGUUGGCGGGGGAGAGCUCAACAAUAUAUUGCGAUGACGCUCAACGCACCGUCCCAGAAGAUGAGUCUAUGGCUCAAGUUGACAGUAAAUCUCUGUCUCCUCCGGGACCAGCAAAGCGAUGCGAGGAUGCGCCACUGCCUGUCUCGGCCACGGUUCUAGCCAUCAUAGCAAUGAAACUGAAGAAGUCCCCAGACGCUGUGGAGCGGACGAAAUCAAUCACUCAGCUUGUCAGUGGGCGUUCAACUCUGACAAAUGAAAUCAUUGGCGAUCUUCACGUGGAGUUUCAGAACCAGCUACCAGACCGGGCAGAAGAGUUAACUCUGAUCGAGCUGUUCGAAACACUUCAGAAGACCCAUUCUGGAACGCUCGGCAAGAAAACCUCGGCUCUCGUCGCUGGCUUCGUAUCUUCCAAAUUUCCAGGAGGCUUUAGUCAAUCCAAAAUUCGGGACCAUUUGGAACAUCGAUGGGGCCUGGGGCCAAUGCGGCAAGAUGCGGUCCUCUUGGCUGCCUUGGCCAAACAACUUGACUCCCGCUUAUCCUCCGAAGACACCGCGAAGGCAUUCAUUGAUGACGCUGCUAAGUUUUACUUUCAACAAGAGGGUCUUGCGGCCCCUAGCCUCACUUCAUCCUCAUCCGUUAGCAGCCACAUAUCGAAGGUUGAUCCAAAGGCUUUGCAGGCCUUAACGGAGAAAAGCGACGCGUUGUUACGGGAUAUUAGCGAGGCCAUGGCACGACAUCUACCAAGUGGGAAUAAUAUAUCUGGAGCAUCUCUUGUGCCCAAGGAGCAGGACGAGGCACUCAAAGAGCUCGAUCUGUGGCGCCACGAGCACGGCGAAGACUACGCGGAGGGGAUCAAGCCAAAGUUCGACAUCAAGAAGCAAAGACUCUACGACUCUUUCUGGAACUGGUGCUCAAGAGACAUAGCUCUCCUGUUUGACCUGGCAAAACAUCCAAGUUCGCAAAAUCCUAUGCUCAUCGAAGAGGUUUCGACAUCUAUCAUCAACCGAGCAUGCCAGCGUUCCAUUUCGCAGAUACAGUAUCUCUGCGCCAAGACACAAGGGGAAAAGACACAUUUGGGCCGCAUUAUGAGAUUUUGCCUACAAGCAAGCGUUUCAUCGAAGAGUCGUGAUCCAGUUUUUAUUGACCGAUCAGUUGAUCUGGCACCGAUAUCAACUGUCGAUAAGGAAGGCAACAUCAGAUUCUCCGAAGUUCCUCGUUCAACCCCAUUCCGCGCUCGCAAAUCAUCAAUACCUCAAGUGCCCUAUCCGCUUGGUACUUUCGACAACGGCAUACUCGUCCUUUCAGAUAGGCUAAGUUCAGCAUACGCUGAAGACCUGGACGCAGCCCGUCAUUCCGGUUUCACAUUCAAGGGGAGAAAUGUGUUGCUCACUGGAGCUGGACGAAACUCGAUCGGCUUCAGCUUGUUGAAGCUUUUGCUUCAAGGCGGUGGAAGGGUCACUGUCACGACCAGCACUUACUCUCAGGAGGUUAACCAGAUGUACCAGGCCACGUAUGCUCGACAUGGUGCGAAGAAUUCGGUUCUGAGAGUCUUGCCGUUCAAUCAAGGCAGCCAGCAUGAUGUGCAAGAUUUGGCAAAGAAUCUGAAGGAUGACUGGGACCCCGACUUCAUUAUCCCUUUUGCUGCGAUUUCAGAAAACGGCCGCGAGCUUGAAGAGCUGGAUUCGAAGUCCGAGAUUGCUCAUCGACUGAUGUUAACCAAUCUUCUGAGGCUACUUGGGGCAAUUGCCAGGAAUAAGCGGGCUGCUGGCACCUUUACGAGGCCUGCUACCGUCGUCCUUCCGUUGUCACCUAACCACGGUCUGAUGGGUAACGACGGUCUCUAUGCGGAGUCGAAGAGGGGGUUGGAGUCUCUUCUAUCAAAAUGGAAAUCGGAAACAUGGCGUGACUAUCUCUCCAUGUUGGGAGUUGUCAUCGGAUGGACUCGCUCAACAGGUCUCAUGGACGAAAACGAUGUUGUCGCACAGGGCGUCGAGUCGAUGGGUGUUCGUACGUUUUCCAAGGAACAAAUGGCUGCUCUUGUUGCCUCUCUCUUGGGGGGUAGGAUGAAUGCAGCCUGCCAGUCUAUUCCCAUCGUCGCCGACUUCAGCGGUGGUAUGGGUAAGGUCGCCGACCUGAGGGACAAGCUUACCAGUAUUCGACGGGACCUGCGUGCCGAAGCGGAAAUCCAGAGAGCCAUUAGAGAGGAGGAGAAGCGCGAUGCAGCGACUGUUGGCCAAAAAGACACCAGCAGAGGCCAGGAGCCGUUAUCUCCAAAGGCCAAUAUCCGCAUACAGCUUCCUUCUUUGCCUGAUUGGGACCAAGAUGUGUCGCCUCUUGCAGUUUCACUCGAGGGUAUGGUUGACCCAAGCCGUGUGGUAGUCAUAACAGGCUACUCAGAACUCGGGCCCUACGGUAAUAGUAGAACGCGGUGGGAAAUGGAGGCCAAUGGCAUUCUUUCUUUGGAGGGCUGGAUCGAGAUGGCUUGGAUGAUGGGUUUGAUCAAGCACAGCAAAGAGGCGAUGAAAGAUGGGCAGCCCUGGUCCGGUUGGGUAGACUCAAAAACCUUAUUGCCGGUUGAGGAGAGCGACAUAUUUUCGCGAUACAUGGCCGUCAUUCUCGAGCACACCGGCAUACGGAACAUCGAACCAGAGAUUUGCGACAACAACUACGACCCUGCAAGGAAGGCGGCCGUUCAGGAGGUUGAGCUCACCCAAGACCUGCCACCAUUCGAAGCAACAGCCGAAGUCGCUCAGUACUUCCAACUUCAACAUGGCGCGAAAGCUGUAGUCUCUCAAACUGAGUCUGGGUUUUUGACAGUUCAGCUCAAAGCCGGCGCCAAGGUCCUGCUUCCAAGGUCCAGCCCUUUCAACCGAACGGUAGCAGGUCAAAUCCCGACAGGAUGGUCAGCUAAGCGAUACGGGAUCGAGGACGAGAUUAUCGAGCAGGUUGAUCCGGUCACUCUGUUCACGCUGGUGUGCACCGUCGAGGCGCUCCUCUCAUCAGGCAUCAUCGAUCCCUACGAACUAUAUGAGCACAUUCACCUUUCUGAGCUUGGCAACUGUAUCGGGUCGAGCAUGGGCGGACUCAGUUCCUUGAGAAAGAUGCAUCGCGACAGGUUCCUCGAUAAGCCGGUACAAGGAGAUAUUCUUCAGGAAACGUUCAUCAACACCACGGGGGCCUGGGUGAAUAUGCUUCUCACAUCCUCAACUGGGCCCAUCAAAACACCGGUCGGCGCCUGUGCAACAUCCCUGGAGUCUCUUGACACUGGGUAUGAUCUGAUAGUUGCUGGAAAGGCAAAGGUGUGCAUCGUUGGGGGUGUCGAAGAUUUCGUGGAGGACGUUUCCUACGAGUUUGGAAGCAUGAACGCGACCUGCGAUACUGACAAAGAGUUCGCUGCCGGGAGGAGUCCGUCUGAGAUGUCACGACCAACGGCGUCGUCGAGAAGCGGGUUCGUCGAGUCUCAGGGAUGCGGCAUCCAAAUCCUCACGACUGCCGAGCUUGCUUUGGAACUAGGACUCCCUAUUUUCGGCAUUGUCGCUUAUACCAGCAUGGCGGCAGACAAGGCAGGUCGCUCCGUGCCGGCGCCGGGCAAGGGCGUUCUCACCAACGCACGGGAGUCGAACGUGGGACGAAAGUACAUGACUCCGUCUCCCCUCCUGGACAUUGGGUACCGGCGGAGGCUGCUCAAUAUGCGGAUUCAGCAAGUCAAUGACAAUUACCAGACGAAUCUGGACCUGAUGGAGCAUGAAAUCCGGUAUAUCAAGGAGAUGGGAACGGAUGGUUUUGACGAGGAACAGUACCGUCGGGACAACAUUGCUACCUUUGAGGAGGAUGCCAAGAAUCAAGAAGCCGACCUACGAUUCAGCCUGGGAAACCAGUUUUGGAAGAAUGAGAGGCAAAUCGCGCCCAUACGAGGCAGUCUGGCAACAUGGGGUCUCAGUAUCGACGACUUGGCUGUCGCUUCCAUGCACGGUACCUCAACAGUCAAGAACGAUCUCAACGAGUCAUCUGUACUGCAAGAACAGAUGAGACACUUGGGACGACAACCAGGAAAUCUUCUGCCCUGCGUAUGCCAGAAAUGGUUGACGGGGCACUCGAAGGGAGCUGCAGGAGCUUGGAUGCUGAAUGGCGCCCUGCAAAUGAUGGACACCAACGUAAUACCAGGCAACCGCAACGCAGACAACAUUGACGCUGAGCUGCGUCAGUACGACUUGCUUCACUUUCCGAACAUGACACUUAAAGGAAACGAAAUCAAGGCAUGCUCUGUGACUUCAUUUGGGUUCGGACAAAAAGGAUCUCAGGCCGUUCUGGUUCAUCCCAAGUUUCUCUACGCAACUACCACAAAGAGUGCCUACGAAGAUUACAAGUUGAAACGGGACGAAAGAUGGAGGAAGGCUUGCAGAUACUUCAAUCAUGGCCUUCUGCAUGAGUGCCUCGUCAUCACUAAGAUGACACCACCGUAUGAGGCUGCCUCCGAGACUGAGGCUCUACUCGACCCAACAGCACGCUUUGAGAGACAAUGA